AUGCUCAUUCCAAGUGAACAUUUCGGAGCUACACGAUAUUGCAACUCGUGUCCUAAAGAAGGUUGUGCAGGUGGAAAUUGCGCUGUCACAGACACGCAGGGGGCUGAAAACACCGAUUUCCUACUCUACAUUCGUGCUACGACAACAAACUACUGCGGCUCUCGUACUCUUGCCUACGCAUCAUCGUGCCAGAAGGACCAAUACGAUCGCCCUACCUUUGGCAUGGCAAACUUCUGUCCCUCACAGAUCAGUACCGCACCUGAAGACUACGAGGCGCAAGUGGCGACUGCCAUGCACGAAAUGACGCACGCUCUCGGGUUCUCAGCGCAGUUCUUCCCCUACAUGCGUUAUCCUGACGGGACUCCGCGCACACCUCGUGAUUCGAGCGGGAGGCCACCAACGCACAAAACCGGAGUGUGUCCCAACGGCUCUCCUAUCGACUACUACGUCGAGCCAAGUACGAAUACCGUCAAACACUUCAUCGAACGAGGUCACGUCGUCGCCAAAAUGGUGACGCCAAAUGUAGCUGCAUUCGUCAAGUCUCACUUCGGUUGUGGCUCGCUGGAAGGAGCUGAAAUCGAGCAGCAAGAUGACUCCGGAUGUCUCGGAUCGCACUGGGAAGAACGGAUCUUUGAGCCCGAGUACAUGACACCAGUGGACAGCUUCCGCAACGUCUUUAGCGCAUUGACACUCGCUUUCUUCGAGGAUUCCGGCUGGUACCGUGCGAACUCGUCGGCAGCUGAGCGAAUGCAUUUCGGAGAGAACCGUGGAUGCGAUUUCGCCACUGAGAAAUGCAUUAACCCGAGCACAGGCGAGUCUGUAGCAUCCGAUCACUUCUGCACGACCAAUAGCGCGGAAAGCUGUUCCGUCGACGCCUCGUCACGCUCAGUCUGCACUCUUUCAAAUGGCCGAUCCAUUCCCGAAGAUUACCGGUACUUCGCUGGUGCACCUACAAAGGGAGGUGACGACUUUGCCGACUUUUGUCCGAUCAACGUUGGCUACACGUACGGAGACUGCAGCAACCCCAGCAACCUCGUCUUCCCUGGCUCAACCAAGAUCAACAUCUUGGGGGAAUCCUACUGCCCCAAUUGCAAGUGUACAGCUACAACGCUCCGCAGUGCCGACUCGACGAAUUGGAUCGUCAACUCACGUCGACAAACCGGAUGCUACGCAAUGCGAUGCUAUGAGAAUGGGGGCGGUAAUGUCAGCAACAGUAUCAUCGAACCCGAGUAUUAUCUGCGACUCGAACGAGGCCCACAACUUCGUAGAUGA